AUGUUCCGUCCCCUUUAUAAUCGGCUGUGCCCCCACCUCGUGGUCCCGACCCGGCUGGCUUCCCCUGGAGACAUUAAAACUCUGGACUUUGCCCCCGAGUCCAGUCCCUCUUUUCUACUUCGCCUUCCUGCUGAUGGCUGCUGCCUCCUGCUGAGGCGCGCCCCGGACGCCCCCGGCGCAUCCGGGCAGUGCCGCCCGGCUGCCAGCUGCUGUGCCACAGCUCGGCCGGUGCAGCCUCCUCCCCAGCCCGGGGGAGCAGAGAAAAACUCGGACAGCAACUCGGCAAGAUCUCCAUUCCUUCCCUUUCCCCCCAGUUUCACCCUGAAGGGUGCAGGUCCCAGGACACGAGAUGUGGCAUCCCACUUCACUGUUGCACCUCAGUCAGGCGUCCUGAUUGCCUCCCAGCCUGGUGUGAAUGUUGAGAUCCUCUUCCACCCCACAAGUGAGAUGCUCCUCAAGAACAAGCCCAUCCUGUACUGCCAGGUGAUAGAUGCCAGCUCAGGUGAAGGAGGCCAGGCUGUCGCCAUCAUCCCAGUGAAUGUGUCAGCAAAAGCUGUGUACAGCAAGUACAGCAUUGAGCCUGCCUCACCCAUCAACUUUGGAGCCAUGAUCAAGGGCACCAAGAAGACCCAGACUGUUGUGCUGGAGAACAAAGGCAUGCUCAACUUCAAAUUCUACAUCCGCCAAGUACCCGAGGAGACAUCUACAUCAGAAAGCAAGAGUUCAAAGCAAGGGGAAUCUGCUCCACUGGCUACAAAGCAAUCAACAGCAAGGAAACCAAGCUCCUUGACACAGAGUCACCUCAGUCUUGGCAUGUUCACGGUGUCCCCCUGCUCCGGCUCCAUCAGUCCGUGGGGCCAGCAGAAGAUCACAGUGGAAUGCCUCGCAGGGCAGGAGGGGACAUGUGAGGAGCAGCUCUACAUUGACAUCCCGGGCAGAGACCCCAGGGACAAUCCCCUCGGCAUUCCCUUCACCCUGACUGCCGAGUCCUGCCUCCCAGGAUUUGCUGAGGAUGUCAUGUUAAUCUUCGAGGAGUACCCGAUCUGCAGCAGCACCGACCUCAGCCGCAAGCUGCAGUCGGUGAAAGGCCUGGGCCUGUUCAUCAGAGAUGAGAACAAAUUCAUCUUCAACAAGGUUCUGGUUGGGCAAGAGGCUGAAGCUCAUUUCAGUAUCUACAGUGCAAGCAGUCUGCCAUGUGACGUGGUCCUCUCCAUCAAACCCCUGCCUGGAAAGGAACAAAUCCCUAUCAAAAACAUUUUCAAGUUGGAUCCAGUCAAGAUGUCCGUUCCUGGCUCAUCCUGUGCUGUUGCUACAGUGACCUUCACCCCACCAGAUGAGCAGAAUUACAACUGCACCUUCAAGGCUUCCCUUGUCAUCCCAAAAGGCUCUGUGAAAAUGAAGCCCCAAACGCUGACCUUCACCAUCAGCGGGCAGGCGCACGAGCCGCAGCUGACGGUCGUGUGCCCAAGCGCCCGCAGCAAGCGGGGAACGGCCGUGCUGCGCUUCCAGAGGCUCCGGGUGGGGCGCUCCGAGGUGCUGCCCCUGGUCGUCCGUAACGACGGCAUCACUCCUCUCAAGUUUAUGUUACGCCUGGAACACGAGUACGGAGCGUUCUUCUUGAAAGGCAGGAACUCCACACUCAAGGUAUUCCACACUGAAGAUGUGGAAGAGGACUCCACUGGAAACGAGAGAAAGCCCACGAAGCCUUUCUUCCUUCUGCGUUGUGGGCAAUCGACAGAGUUUGAUGUCAUUUUCAAACCCACCCUGGCUCAACGUCUGGAAGGGAAGAUUCGUCUGUUGGUGGGGAACAUCUACUCUAACAAGAUCCUAGUAGAGCUGGUGGGUGAAGGCCACAAGGACAAAUUCACCCUCGUUGGACUAGAGGAAGACACCCAGGAGAGGAAUGCUAAGAGCAGUCUGAACAAAGACAUCAUUGAUGCUGUCAGAGUGAACCACAUGCAGUUUGGGGACUGUCCUGUCGGGAAGCCCUGCCGCAGGACCUUCACCAUGAGCAACCUCACCCGUCACCAGUUCAUGCGCUUUGAGUGGGAGGCAGACGGCCCAUUCCGGUUCUCCCCCAAGGUGGGACACCUCCGUCCUCGCCGUGCCAAGGAGAUCACGGUGACCUUGAAAUCAGAUGUCCCAGCCACCUUCAGGAGGCACCUUGUGAAAUGUAAGGUGACCAAGAUCAACUUUGAGCUGCCACCAAGGAAGGUUCCUGACUGGGAUGACCAAAAGAUCAUUAUAUCAUGGAGGAGUACCCCCAGCAAAGACUCAGCAGACAAAUCCCCUAAAAUAGAGAGGGUGGUCAAGAUAGACCCGGAACCGGUCCACACUGUGGUGGAGGAGAGCAGCCAGGAGGUCGAGGUGUACCUCAGUGCUGUUGUUGGCUACACAGAGUUGAAGCUGAACACGGUGGUGGUUCAGUUCAAGGAUACAUUGCCCUUCCACACAAGGACAGCCACUUUCAGCAUGCACAACACAGGGAAUACAACCCUGGAAUAUUACUGGGAGGAACCUGCAGAUAAACCAGUGAAGAAGCCAUACUCAAUCACUCUGAUGCGUCGGUUCCUCUCCUAUGAAACUGUGAAGAAUCGCAGAAAGCUGCUGCGUCGUUACUGGCGGUACCUGGCCCGUCUUUCCAGGAUGCGUCCUAAAGUGCAGCCGCAGGAGCGGCGGCCUGACAAGAAUGAGCUGUUUAUGCGGUGGUGGUGCCGGCUGAUAGGGGUGGAUCCCAAGGAGCUGAUGGGUUCUAAAGUGCAGGAGGGUUCUGAGGAUCAGGACGGUUCCAAGAAGCGGAAGAAGGGUUCCAAGAAGCAGCAGCAGCAGGAUUCCGAGCAGCAGCAGCAGCAGGGUUCCAAGCAGCAGCAGUCUUCUGAGGAGGAGCAACUGGAUUCCAAGCAGAAGAAGGGUUCCAAGAAGCAGAGCCACUCCAAGGAACAGCACGUCUCUGAGCAGCAGCAGCCCUCUGAGCUGCAGAAGCAGCAGUCUUCUGAGGAGGAGCAGCUGGAUUCCAAGCAGAAGAAGGGUUCCAAGAAGCAGAGCCACGCCAAGGAACAGCACCUCUCUCACCAACAGCUGCAGCAGCCCUCUGAGCAGCAGAAGCAGCAGUCUUCUGAGGAGGAGCAGCUGGAUUCCAAGCAGAAGAAGGGUUCCAAGAAGCAGAGCCACUCCAAGGAACGGCACCUCUCUGAGCAGCAGCACCCCCAGCAGCAUCAGCAGCCGCAAUCCCAACAGCCCGAGCAGCAGCCCUCUGAGCAGCCUGAGCAGAUUCCUAACCUGAGGCCAACUCAGAAGAAAGUGCGGGUGAUUUUGAAAGGCAGAGCCCGGGAGAAGAAGAGUUUUGGUAAACCGAAACGCUCUGCGUUACGGCGGAGAGAGGAUGGCCCGAGACCCAAGAAGAAGGUGCACUGGAAACCAGCACCUGAGUGA